GUCUGCAGGUUUUAAGAUACGCCAGGAGGGUCAAAUUUAACUAGUUCGCCUCUCAAAAUGGCGGAUGAACCAACACGGGAGUGGAGCGAUGAGCAGCUCAAAAGUGAUGAUUUGCCCAAAAAAGACCUUAUAAAGUUCAUUCAGGACAAUGCAGCACACUCGUUUCUCAAUGAGCACAAGCUGCUAGGAAACAUAAAAAAUGUUGCUAAAACAGCAAAGAAAGAACAACUGAUUAUCGCCUACAACCAGCUCUUUGAGAGCAAAAGGUUUAAAGGCACAGAACCAAUUGAAGAUGUGACCGAGCACGUUAAAUCUGUGAAACUUGAAGAUAAGCCCAAAGAACUACCAACAGAGGUUGUGGACGAGGGUCCGCCCAAGUACACCAAGUCAGUGCUGAAGAAAGGGGACAAGACCAACUUCCCCAAGAAGGGCGAGAAUGUGAGCUGCUGGUACACUGGUAGCUUGGAGGAUGGAACCGUCUUCGACACCAAUAUUCCCACAACGGCAAGAAAGAAGAAGCAAACUAAACCCCUGAGCUUCAAAGUUGGCCUGGGCAGAGUCAUCAGAGGAUGGGAUGAGGGCAUUCUGACGAUGAGCAAGGGCGAAACAUCGCGAUUGGAGAUUGAACCAGAAUGGGCGUACGGAAGGAAGGGACUCCCCGACUCAAAAAUUCCACCUAAUGCAAAACUGAUCUUCGAGGUCGAGCUGGUUGCUGUGGAUUAACUGGCGAUUGCCUUGAAAAAUAUACUCAUGGCCUUGCUGUAAAGAAUCAAGUUAAAAUGGCAUAUGGAGUUCAACAUUCUGUUCCUACUUUGUCUCAUUCAUCACCACGAUACAAGAAACGAUAACCAUUUAUUGCAGCGUUUAGUUUUGGCCAAAAUGUGAUGGCUUGUCAAUAAUGUACAUAAUGAGACACCCUGAAACCUUAUUCUCUGCAUUUUGUUUUUGUUCUUUUGCAUGUACAAUGUAAAUGAUAAAUAAACCUGUUUCAGAGACUAAA